GUAGAAUCUUGUGUUUCCACUCGGUCUUACUACGACGUGACGCUUCCGUACACUUCCGGGUCGGGGGUCAUGCUACACAUGUGAGAGCAGAAGGAAAAAGUGGCCGCGAGACAACAGAUCAUCUGCAGCGGACAGGAUGGACGGCAAAGUUAAGGAACAGAAGCGACAUCAGCAGAAGCACAGCGGACCCAAGGCGGAGAAGAAGAAGCUGAGGAAGCAGGGAGGCACCACAGAAGAGGAUGGACGGAGACGCAACCCCAAAGCGUUCGCGGUUCAGUCCGCCGUGCGCAUGGCCAAGACCUUCCACAGGGCUCAGGACAUAAAGGCCAAAAAACAUCACAUCCCCCUUGUGGACCGGACUCCCCUGGAACCUCCUCCAAUUGUGAUUGUUGUGGUUGGGCCCCCCAAGGUGGGAAAGAGCACCCUGAUCCGCUGCCUGAUCAAAAAUUUCACCCGUCAGAAGCUUGGGGACAUAUGUGGACCUGUGACCAUCGUCUCUGGCAAGAAGCGGCGGCUCACCUUCAUGGAGUGUAACAAUGACAUAAACACAAUGAUUGACCUCGCUAAGGUGGCUGACCUGGUUCUGAUGCUGAUCGAUGCCAGUUUUGGAUUUGAGAUGGAGACUUUUGAGUUUCUCAACAUCUGUCAGGUGCACGGCUUCCCUCGUAUCAUGGGCGUGCUGACUCACCUGGAUGCAUUCAAGAACAACAAGACGCUGAGGAAGACCAAGAAGAACCUCAAACAUCGCUUCUGGACUGAAGUCUACCAGGGGGCCAAGCUGUUCUAUCUGUCUGGCAUGGUGUACGGUGAAUAUCAGACUCAGGAAGUGAAGAACCUCGGCCGCUUCAUCUCCGUCAUGAAGUUUCGUCCUCUGGUGUGGCAGACCUCCCACCCUUAUGUUCUGGUCGACCGUAUGGAGGACUUGACAGACCCUGAGAAGGUGAGGACAGACCCCAAGUGUGACCGGACAGUGUCACUGUACGGCUACCUGCGAGGAACAUAUCUGAAAAACAAAGGCCAAGUCCACAUCCCAGGCGUUGGAGACUUCCAGGUGGCAGAUGUGAACUUCCUGCCAGACCCGUGUUCACUGCCUGAUGCUCAGAAGAAGAGAGCGCUGAACGAGAAGGAGCGGCUGCUCUAUGCACCCAUGGCUGGGGUGGGAGGAGUCGUGUACGACAAGGACGCUGUGUAUAUCGACCUUCCUGCAAAUCAUGUCAAUCAACAGCAGGAGGAGGUGCGUCCCACCACAGAGCUGGUCCAGUCUCUUAUUGACACACAUGCCACCCUGGAUGCCAAGAUGGCUGCCAGCAAGGUCUCUCUGUUCAGCGGCUCGGCCUUCCUGGACCCCACAGACAUCGACGAGCAGAGCGGUGAGAACGGUGGUCUUCAGGAGAAGCAUGUCUGGGACCCUAACAUCCAGAGAAAGAGGAGGAAGGUGGUCUUCAAUGAGGAUGACGGGGAAGAGGAGGAGAGCGGUUCCAGCGAUGAUGAGGAUGAUGCAGACAGUGACCAGGAGGAGCAGGAAGAGGACGAAGAUGAAGACGAGGAUAACCUGUCCACAUUUCUGAAAGAAGCAAGAGCCAAAUCAGACGGAACUCCACCGGUGAAGAAGAAGAAGCUGGAGGAGGGGAAGGAAGAGAUGCCGGUGUUUGCUGACAGCGAAGACGAGCUGGAGAUGAGUGAAGAGGAGAGGGAGGCUGGCAGAACAGGAGACUCUGGACACUGUUCAGAGGAGGACGAGGAAGAUGAUGAAGAGUCCGGAGAUGAGUCGAUGGAGGAGGAGGAGGAUGCAGCCAACGCUACAUUGACGAAACAGACAGCGAGUGAGAGCGAGGAAGAGGAGGAAGAGGAGGAGGAAGAGGGGGCUCUGAGGUGGAAGGAGGGUCUGCAGCAGAAAGCAUCAGAAGCGUUUCUACGGCAACAAGAAGCUGCCCCCAAUCUGAGAAAAUUGGUUUAUGGAUCAGUUGCGGAGGCAGCUGAUUCUGAGGACGAGGAGGAGGAGCUGGGCGGCCUGUUUCGAGUUAGCCGCCCUCAGAACAGCAAGAAGUUCCAAGCAAAUGCUCUCGACUGCUCCCGUUUCAACCCUGACACCUCCCACGACUGGGACCUGGAGGAGAUGUUGAACUCCAUCAGGGACUGCUUUGUGACAGGGAAGUGGGACGAAAACCAAGAUGCUGCCACACUGCUGAAGGAGGACGAGGAGCUGUAUGGUGACUUUGAGGAUUUGGAAACAGGAGAGGUCCACAAGGGACAAACUGGAAAUCAGGAUCCGGCUGAGCAGGACAGUGAGAAUGAUGAAGCUGAUGAUGAUGAUGAUGAAGCUGAGGAGAGUCAGGUGAAGGUGGAUGAUGAGCAGGUCCAGAAGAACAAGCGUCUGGAGAAGAAACGCAGGCUGAAGGAGCGAUUCAACGCAGAGUACGAUGACGAGGAUGCCACUUACUUCGAUGACCUGAAGGAGGAGAUGCAGAAGCAGGCUGAGCUGAACAGAGCAGAGUUUGAGGAUGUGGAUGACGAGACCAGAGUGCAGUACGAAGGCUUCCGACCAGGAAUGUACGUCAGAUUAGAAAUCUCCUCUAUACCCUGCGAGUUUGUCACAAACUUCGACCCCCAUUAUCCCAUCAUCCUCGGAGGUCUGAGCUCUGGUGAGGGCAACGUAGGAUACCUGCAGAUGAGACUGAAGAAACACCGCUGGCAUAGCCGCAUCCUGAAGACACGAGACCCCCUCAUCCUGUCAUUAGGCUGGAGGCGCUUCCAGACCAUCCCCCUGUACCACAUCGAGGAUCACAAUGGACGCCACCGCCUGCUCAAAUACACCCCGCAGCACAUGCACUGUGGAGCCUCCAUCUGGGGUCCUGUCACACCGCAGGGCACUGGCUUCCUGGCUGUGCAGUCAGUAACAGGAACUAAAGCUAAUUUCCGUAUUGCUGCCACAGGAGUCAUCCUGGACCUGGAUAAGUCUGUGACUAUAGUGAAGAAGCUCAAACUCAUCGGUUACCCCUACAAGAUCUUUAAGAACACAAGUUUCGUCAAAGGCAUGUUCAACACAGUGCUGGAGGUAGCUAAAUUUGAAGGUGCUUCUGUACGGACAGUAUCAGGGGUCAGAGGUCAGAUAAAGAAGGCACUGUCCACCCCACCUGGAGCUUACCGAGCCACGUUUGAGGACCGCCUCCUCAUGAGUGACAUCGUCUUCCUGCGCUCCUGGUAUCCCGUGUCUGUUCCUCAGCUCUACAACCCCGUCACCUCUCUGCUGCUGCCCGUCGGUCAGAAGGACAGCUGGGAGGGCAUGAGGACGGUGGGACAGCUCAAACAUGAUCUCGGCAUCCGCAACAAACCCAACACGGACUCUCUGUACAAGCCAGUGGUCCGAGCCCAAAGGCGCUUCAACCCCCUCCACAUCCCCAAGGAGCUCCAGAAGGCCCUGCCAUUUAAGAGCAAACCCAAACAGCAACAACCUCAAGGAAAGACGCCCAAAGACCUCCAGAGGCCCAGUGUGAUCAGAGAGCCCCAAGAGAGGAAGGUGGCAGCCCUGCUCAACGCUCUGAGCACAGUCCACCAUCACAAGAAGAAGAAAGCCCACACGGUGAAGCACGCCAAACACAAAGAGUUCCUGCAGCAGAAGGAGAAACAGGAGGAGGCCAAGCUGAAGAGACAGAAGGAGGCACGUAAAAAACUGUACCGCGUCAUGGGCCAGAUGGACCAGAAGAAGCAGAGGUCCAGUCUGAAGGGGGCCCCCCAGGAUGACUAACUCCCUGUAUCUGGACUCAUGAGGUGCAGACCUCUCCGGACUAUGACUGAGAUGCUCGGUCUGCCCUCUGUACUGUUGUGUUUGAUAACUUUGGCAGGUUCAUUUUUAUUGUAUUUUUCUAGAUGUAUAAAGGACAUGUUGUUCUAAUAAAACACAAUUAUGACCUCAGA